AAUCACCCUUCUAUUAAUUCCAAACUCAAUUCUAAAUAACUCUCAGACAAUUAUCUCACUGGGCUUACGUGAGUCUUAAAUUAUUGGGCUCGAAGUAAGUGAGCCCAAUGGUAAGAUCCCAAAUUCAUAACUCAACCCUAUCCAACGACUGCAGUUUAAGUUUUCAGAAAACUUAAAUGUGUAAACUGACAUCUCUCGAUUUGGCGUCGACGCUCACUCUCACUCGUAGCGAUGAAGCUCUUCUCUAUGUCUUCUUCUUCUCUGAGCCGGCGCGCUUAUUCUUCCUUUAAUAAAACCCAAAUCCGGACCCGAAACCGAACCAAAUUCCGAUGGAAAACCUCCCCCGCCUUUAGAUCUCUAUAUCGUAGCAUCUCACAUUUGGGGGACCCGGAUGUUUCCGUAGUGCCCGCGCUCGACGAGUGGAUCCGACAGGGGAAGCCUGCAACAAAAUGGGAUCUUCAACGACUUAUUACUGUGUUGAUGGGUUCUAAGAGAUUCAGACAUGCUCUUGAGGUAUCUCUGUGGAUGUGUAACGGAAAACGUUAUCCCAUAUCUCCUUUCGACAUUGGUGUACGAUUGAAGUUGAUACUAAAAAAUUUCAACAUUGAACAAGCUGAGAAUUACUUCAAUAAGAUUCCAGAACAUCUGAGGACGAAUCAGAUCUAUCUUGCAAUUCUCAACUGCUAUACGAUUUCCAAAUCUGUGGAUAAAGCAGAAUCGAUUAUGCAGAAAGCUAGAGAGUUAGGGUAUGCUGACAGACCAAUAUGGUACAACCUCAUGAUGAAUCUUUACUGUAAAUUAGGAAAUAGGGAAAAGCUGCGUGAGCUGCUGGCUGAAAUGGAAUCCAAAGGCGUCUCUUAUGACCAAUUCACCUACUCAGUCUGCCUGAGUGCAUGUGCCGCCGCCUCUGAUGCUGCGGGAAUGGAUCGAGUUAUGAGCGUUAUGGAAUCGGAUCCCUCAGUCACCGUGCAUUGGCAAACACUGGUUACCGCAGCGCAGAGUUACUUGAGAAUUGGCUCAUUUGACGAAGCUAUGCAACUACUCAAUAAACUUAUAAAGCAGUUGGCGAGAUGCUCUCAGAGAAAUGUUUUGGUAGUUCUUCUCCUCAAUCUAUGUGCUGAAGCAGGGAAGAAAGAAGAAUUGCACAGAAUCUGGGAGUCUUACAAGGGUAGGAAGGUCGUUAAUAAGGUUUACAUUAGCAUGAUACGCUCAUUAAUCAAGUUCAACGACAUUGAAGAGGUGGAGAAGAUAUUCGAGGAGUGGGAGUCAGGUGCCUUGACGUUUGACUUCCGGGUGCCUAACUUCUUGAUCGAUGCUUACUCUACAGACGGUCGUGUGGACAAGGCCGAAGCCCUAAUAGCUCGAGUAGUAUCAAAAGGCGGCUGUCCACUUGUAACGACGUGGUGUCAUCUAGCAGGAGGCUAUAUGAAGAAGAAUCAAGUAGCUGAGGCACUGCGAUCCUUGAGGAAGGCCAUCUCAGCUUGCCCCCCUAAAUUUGCGUCGCAGAAGCAAUCCUUGAUAACUUGUUUAGAAUAUUUGCAGAAUAACGAGUGCUUGGAAGAGGCGGAGGAGUUGAUAAAGUCGCUAAGGACGAGUGGUAUGUCGGGAGCGCCUGCUUCUGAUGAGUUUUGCGGUUUCAGAGAGGAUGCCGGAGAAGAACAAGAUUUCGAGGGAGCACUUGUGAGUGAAGAUGAUGAAGAUGUUGAUGAUUAGGGUAGAAACAUUGUUCCCAUUUUAUCAAGUUGAAGAAAUAAUAGCAAAAUUUUCAUGUAAUUUCUACAAAUACUGUAUAAUCUCAUUUGCCCACAGGCACAAUAUUUUGUACAAUGUAUACAAACUAGGGAGAGAACAUCCUUCUGAAAGAAAA